AACAGCAUCAGCAUCAUUCUUGAUUCUGGACCGUGAGGAAUCUUUGCCUCACUCCCUUCCACUUGCCAUGCCGUAUGUCCACAUGGUGGGAAUGAGAAGCAUCCAUCGCGUAAACGUUAACUAACUCGAAAAGUAAACUUCAGUCUAAAUCGUCCAGCAGACUCAUCAUUUUCAUCUACAGGAAGUUGCACCGGACGUGUUCUUAUCAAGUUUCCAGUUUCAAUUCUUUCACAGUCUUUUCUAUUCUCUGGGUAAAAGAUAAAAUAGAGUUUAAAGAACAGAAAAUAAUUUAUAAAAAGUCAAAGAAAUGUUAUUUAAUCCAAUGAAAUGGAAAUCCAAAAUCCUGGCCUACAGCCUUGUCAGUGCUUUGUUAAUUUACGCUUUCUUUUUUUAUAAAAGAAAAUACACAGUGUCUUUUGAAUUUAUAAUUAAGAAUUCAACACCUGAAUCUGUUUGGGAAUUCGUUGCAGACUUUAGCAACAUGAAAAAACUAAAUCCAACUAUUGAAGAUUGGGAUAUAAUAUCAGAAAGUGGAAAUUACGAUCAUUGGAAAUAUUCAGUCCAGUACACUGAGCAUUUAAGUCACAUUCCAAUUAUUAAAAAUACUGCACAUGCUCACUUUGCAGUAAAACCGGAAGGAAAAGGAUUUUCCAUAAACUCGGAACAUCGAACCUGCUUUUUUUCUAACAUCGGUUGUGUCGACUCAGUUUCGCAAUUUAAAUUCCAUGGAAUUGGAGACGAUACGAAGUGCCUUGAAAAUGUUCAGUACGAAUGCCCCGUGCUAUUUACUUUGCUUUGUUAUAAGGAAGUUAUGUACCAAAGAGAAGAAAUUAUGAAAAACUUGGUCGCAGUUUUCUAAGACAAAUAUUAGACCUGGGUAAAUAAUUCGAAUUAAAAUUACUACAUGCAACUGUAAAUAAGAUUAUUAACUCACAUAAAUAUGAGUUAAGAUUUCAAUGGUCGUUAUAUUUUCC